AUGGAAGCUCGCAGUUGUAUUGUUCUCUCAGCUUUUCUCAUCCCUUUUCUGCUUGGAACAGCUUGUGCUCAACUUAGGACAGAUUUCUAUAAAGGCACAUGUCCAAAUGUUGAGUCCUUGGUCACCUCAGCUGUCAAAACCAAGUUCCAGCAGACCUUUGUGACUGUUCCAGCCACUCUAAGACUCUUCUUCCAUGACUGCUUCGUUCGGGGUUGUGAUGCUUCGGUGUUGGUUCAAUCACCGACGAAUCAGGCGGAGAAGGAUCAUCCCGAUAACCUUUCGCUAGCUGGAGAUGGAUUUGACACAGUGAUCAAAGCCAAGGCAGCGGUUGAUAGUGACCCUAACUGCAGAAACAAAGUUUCAUGUGCAGAUAUUCUUGCUCUGGCAACUAGAGAUGUUGUAAACCUGGCUGGGGGACCAUCUUAUACAGUUGAAUUGGGGAGGCGUGAUGGAAGGGUAUCUACUAUUGCCAGUGUUCAAAGACGUCUUCCUCACCCUACUUUCAAUCUUGACCAGCUUAACACCAUGUUUAGCUCUCAUGGUCUCACCCAAACUGACAUGAUCGCAUUAUCAGGUGCACACACACUUGGCUUCUCUCAUUGCAACCGCUUCUCGAAUCGAAUCUACAACUUCAGCCCCGCAAAGCGUAUUGAUCCAACACUGAAUUCAGCGUACGCAUUGCAGCUCAGACAGAUGUGCCCCGUUAACGUGGAUCCAAGAAUCGCCAUUAACAUGGACCCAACCACACCCCGGACAUUUGACAAUGUCUACUUCCAGAACCUUCAGCAAGGAAAGGGUCUGUUCACCUCUGAUCAGAUACUAUUUACAGAUACAAGAUCACGGGCCACCAUCAACACAUUUGCAUCAAGCAAUGCAGCCUUUAACCAGGCUUUCGUGCAAGCCAUGACCAAGUUAGGCAGAGUUGGGGUUCUGACUGGAAAUCAAGGUGAAAUUCGGAGUGAUUGCACCCGUCCAAACUAG